GCGCGCGCGCUCUCUCUCUCUACCCCCAUCACAAGAAGGGGAGUCUCUAAACCCUAAUCGAUCCUAGAACCUGAGCCCCAAUCCGCGCGAAUCGGCGACGUCGGGGGAGAGCGCGACCUCUGAUUUCUCGCGAGGGAUUCUUGGCUGUAGCUAUGGCGACGAAUAAUGCUAAGGCAUCGAAUGCAAAAAAGAAGGAAGUGAAAAAAGAAACGAAGCUUGGUUUGACCUACAAGAAGGAUGAGAAUUUUGGAGAGUGGUAUUCAGAGGUUGUUGUUAGCAGCGAAAUGAUUGAGUACUAUGACAUCUCUGGUUGCUAUAUCCUGAGGCCAUGGACAAUGGCAAUCUGGGAAACAUUACAAGUAUUUUUUGAUGCUCAGAUUAAAAAAAUGAAUAUAAAGAAUGCAUAUUUUCCUCUUUUUGUGACUGAAAAUGUUCUACAGAAGGAGAAGGAUCAUAUAGAGGGUUUCGCUCCUGAGGUCGCUUGGGUCACCAAGUCCGGGCAGACUGAUUUAGAAGUUCCUAUUGCAAUCCGUCCAACAAGUGAGACUGUCAUGUACCCAUAUUUUUCUAAAUGGAUAAGAGGCCAUCGUGACUUGCCUUUGAAGGUUAACCAAUGGUGCAACGUUGUUAGAUGGGAGUUUAGCCAUCCUACUCCAUUUAUUCGGAGUCGGGAGUUUCUUUGGCAAGAAGGCCAUACAGCUUUUGCAACCAAAGCUGAAGCAGAUGAAGAGGUUCUUCAAAUAUUGGAACUAUAUCGAAGAAUAUAUGAAGAAUUUCUUGCAAUUCCUGUUAUUAAGGGACAGAAAAGUGAACUAGAAAAGUUUGCUGGUGGUCUUUAUACUACUAGCGUCGAGGCAUUCAUCCCAAAUACUGGUCGAGGAAUACAAGGCGCCACCUCGCAUUGUCUUGGUCAAAAUUUCGCAAAGAUGUUCCAAAUAAAUUUUGAGAAUGAUAAGGGUGAAAAGGCUAUGGUCUGGCAGAAUUCGUGGGCCUACAGCACUCGCACGUUAGGGGUGAUGGUAAUGGUUCAUGGAGAUGAUAAAGGCUUGGUUCUGCCACCUAGAGUGGCAUCUAUUCAAGUUAUUGUGAUUCCUGUUCCAUACAAAGAUGCAGAUGUAACGGCAAUCAAAGCAGCCUGCGAGACAACAGUUCAAACAUUGUCUAAUGCAGGUUUCAGUGCCGAACUGGACACGAGGGAAAACUAUUCGCCUGGUUGGAAGUAUUCCCACUGGGAAAUGAAAGGUGUCCCAUUGAGAAUCGAAAUCGGGCCAAAGGAUUUAGAAAAAAAUCAGGUUCGUGUUGUUAGGCGUGACAAUGGUGCAAAAAUCGAUGUUCCCGUGAAUGACUUGGUUGAGAAGGUAAAGGAACUAUUAGGAAGCAUCCAAGAGAGCUUGUUUAAUGCAGCAAAAGAGAAAAGAGAUGCAUGCAUCAAGGUGGUCAAUACGUGGGACGAAUUCAUUGCAGCACUCAAUGACAAAAACAUGAUCCUGGCUCCUUGGUGUGAUGAAGAGGAAGUCGAGAAAGAUGUGAAAGCUCGAACGAAAGGAGAACUUGGAGCUGCUAAGACGCUGUGUACCCCAUUUGACCAGCCAAGACUUGCUGAAGGUACUCUCUGCUUUGCCUCGGGAAAGCCCGCAAAGAAGUGGACAUAUUGGGGCCGCAGCUACUAAUCAUUUGCUUGUCGUCGCAACGUUGUCUUCGUUAAAUUAUGCUGCACAUUCAUUUCAAUUGGAUGGCGACAUUUGUCCGUCGACGUAAUAUUUUUGAAAAGUGGAAAGUGGCACAGGUUUGUUGGCACUCGGUAUCGACGAAUGUUGUUAAGAUAUAAGUUGUUUUCUCUAUAAUUCUUCGAUUAUAUCUUGCUUGGAUUUUGUGCAAGGGAUCUUCUCUAAUUAAUAUACGAAGUAUGAGGUUUAUGAGUGAUGAUUGGUUGGUUUUAAUUCA